ACAAGAGAGAUAACAAAGCAAAUUGGUGAUGGUAUUUGGGUUUCAUUUUCAUUUUUCCAACACAUAUUCUAACUCCUUCGACCAUGGGAAGUUUCUCACUACUCUCGGCUGCAGCAAGAAGGCUUGAAGGAAAAGUGGCGCUAAUCACUGGUGGGUCUAGCGGCAUUGGUGAGUCCACUGCAAGACUCUUCUCUAAACAUGGAGCAAAAGUUGUAAUUGCUGACAUCCAAGAUGAAUUGGGUCACUCUGUAUGCGAAGAUUUAAAUCCUCAAUCUACAUCCUUUGUCCAUUGUGAUGUUACUAAAGAAACAGAUGUAGAAAAUGCAGUUAACCAUGCUGUUUCCAAGUAUGGUAAGUUAGACAUUAUGUACAACAAUGCUGGUAUAGCUGGGGUACCCAAACCCAACAUCCUUGACAACACCAAGGCUGAAUUUGAGCAAGUGGUUAGUGUCAACCUUGUAGGUGCUUUCCUUGGCACCAAACAUGCAGCCCGUGUGAUGAUUCCAGCUAAAAAAGGUAGUAUAAUCAAUACUGCUAGUGUAUGUUCAACCAUAGGAGGAGUUGCAACUCAUGGCUACACAAGCUCAAAACAUGGUUUGGUUGGAUUAAUGAGAAAUACAGCAGUGGAGCUUGGACAGUUUGGAAUUCGUGUGAAUUGCGUGUCACCUUAUGUGGUUGUUACACCUUUGGCAAAGGAUUUCUUGAAGCUAGAUGAUGAUGGAGUUAAUCGUGUUUAUUCCAACCUCAAGGGUGUAAUUCCCCAGCCAGAGGAUAUAGCCGAGGCUGUUCUCUAUCUCGGAAGUGAUGAGUCAAAAUAUGUGAGUGGACAUAACAUUGUCAUAGAUGGAGGCUUCACCAUUGUAAAUAUAGGCCUUUGUAUGUUUGCACAGUCUUAAUAAAUAAAAGGAAAAUUAUUAGUUUACAUUGAGCUAUCAAUGUAAGAUUUACAGUUUACACUAAACAAAUGUGUACACUACUAUACAUUUUUUUGCAUAUGAGUACAAUAUUGUACGUCUUUUGCAAAUAUGUAUAAUGUUGUACACUUUUAUUUAGUGUACAAUGUAAAUCUUACGUUAAUAGUACAAUAUAAACCAAUAAAUGUCCUAAAUAAAAUGGGGAGUCUAAAUAAUAAAUUUACAAGCUCUUUUCUUUUUGUAUUGCAAUGGGGGCCAAGUGGAAUGAACGUUUGUUAGGCUUUGUAAAAUUUUUGUUGUAUUGUUGAUGCGUGUAGCAUGACUCUAAAUAAAUUAUA